AUGCCCGACAGACCUGAAAUCCAAGCGCCAUGGGUCGCUGAUGCGACAGCGACCGAGAUGGACUUCCUUGAAUCCUCAUUUUUCGCGAGCAAACUGGGUCAGAAACACCUUCCAACUCCAACUGAAGUUGCCGUGUGUUCGCCAGAUUUCCGCACCAACCCCCGACCCAAACCAGUCAAGUUUGAACAUCUUGGGCUUAUUGUCAAGUUCGGUCCUUGUGUGGUGGUUGAAGAGGCUAUAUGCCUUCGUAUGCUGCGAAAAACCCUUCCUGAAAAGGUCCCUGUUCCAGAGGUGUAUGGCUGGAGAGUAGAAGAGGGUCGCGUGUUUAUUUACAUGGAGCUUAUUCAGGGAGAAACCUUGCAUGAUCGAUGGGAUCAUUUAAACGACCAAGGAAAAAUAUCUAUUUGUGCUCAGCUGAAGGAGAUCGUUGCGGUUCUGCGGCAGCUUGAGCCGGACCCUUCAGACUCAUUUAUUGGCAUGUGGAAUGCUAGGCAAUCUCUACAUUAG